UACCGCUUGUCAUUACUGUCAAAAAAGUAAUUUCUUUUUGUCCAUGACUAGUUGUUUCUAGUUUUACAUUAAUAUUUGGCACUAAAAAAUAGAAUUUUUAUUAAAAAUAUGGCAUUCAUGGGUGAUAUUAUGAAUCCCGCACCUCUAUGGCAUAAUGGACCGGCGCCUGGAGCCUUUUAUAAUUUCCCUAGCAAUCCAAGUAACCUGGGUCCAGUCAAUCACACAGUUCAAGAUUUUAGAGCUCACUCUGCUAACCCCAUCACAACAACCACAACGGUUAUUGGCCUUAAAUUCGACAAGGGUGUGGUCAUAGCAGCUGACACACUUGGCUCAUAUGGCAGUCUGGCCAGGUUCCGGGACUGUUCCCGAGUGAUGAAGGUCAAUGACCUAAUACUGCUGGGUUCGGGAGGUGACUAUGCAGAUUUCCAAUAUUUGAAAGACAUUAUUGACCAGAAAAUUAUUGAUGAACAGUGCAUCGGCGAUGGCUUGCUACUGAAACCUCGUUCCCUCCACUGCUGGCUUACAAGGGUGUUGUACAACAAGAGAAGCAAGAUGGACCCCCUCUGGAACAACUAUGUGGUUGCUGGCAUACAAGAUGGGGAACCAUUCCUUGGCGCGGUGGAUAAGCUGGGCACAGCGUAUGAGGACGCCACCAUCGCGACCGGUCUCGGAGCCUACAUGGCCACGCCGCUGCUGCGAGACGCGCGGGACAAAGGCAACUUGGACGAAGAGGCUGCAAAAGCUCUAGUCCGCAAAUGUAUGGAGGUAUUGUUCUACCGCGACGCCCGCGCUUUCCAACGCUACCAGCUGGGCGUGGUGACAGCAGAUGGCGUGGUCAUCGACGAUGUAGCCGAGCUGCAACACAACUGGAAUCUGGCCCAUAUGAUCCAGAUGAAAUGAACUGUACUGUCUUAGAAAUAAAGUUACUAUUUGUA